GUUCUCGUAAAUGUAGCUUUGUACCAAACAAUUGGACCUCCUAAUACUCUUUUUCCCAUGUAAUAGCUAAAAUACACAUCACCUGUAGUACUUAGAAAGUGAUCAGAGGUUUAAAAAUCUGCUCCUCCAUUUGUCAUUGUUCCUACAAUAGUGGGUACAUCAGUUUCAGUAGUAUUUGAAGAAUCAUAGAAUGCUUUUAUUAUAUACUUGGAAUCUAAAUCUUAAUAGAAUAAAUACUAUCAAUUGCUUCAUCGAAGUCAGUACAAACUCCAGUAGUUUAUACUGAA